GGCUGCCUGACUGCAGACUCCUGGUACUCAAGUGCUGGACUACUUUGGAGAACCUGAUCCUGAGACUUUAGCACGAUGUCUUACCAACAGCAGCAGUGCAAGCAGCCUUGCCAGCCUCCUCCUGUGUGCCCACCCCCAAAGUGCCCAGAGCCUUGUCCUCCUCCACAGUGCACAGAGCCUUGUCCUCCUCCAAAGUGCCCAGAGCCUUGUCCUCCUCCACAGUGCCCAGAGCCUAGUCCUUCCCCAAAGUUCCCAGAGCCUUGUCCUCCUCAGUCAUGCCAGCAGAAAUGCCCUCCUGUGCAACCUCCUCCACCCUGCCAGCAGAAGUGACUAACCAAAAGCAAGUGAGUGCUUCUACAGUCAUGAGGACCAAGAAAAGAUAUGGAAAUCUACCUCUUAUAUUUCCAUAGAAACAUUAGCUUCUUCCCUUCAAAACCUGUCGUGGAUGCAGAAGAAUCUUCUCCACCCUUCACCUCCAUGUUUCUGUGGUCACUUGAUGGGGAAGGCAUUCCCCUGAGCUUGUGCUGCUUCUGCUGAUUGGGGCUGCUGAGAAUGAUCCUUCCUCUCUGCUUCAGAGUCCCAGAUGCUCAAAGUGAAGAGCAGCAGCUUUCCACCCUGUGCACUCAGAGAAUGUGUCCAUAGCUGUCAAUCACCUUGGGCUGGGUGGUUUUCACUGUGAUAUCAUUUCCUGAAUAAAGAGC